GGAAGUCAUUGGGGAAACUUCCGGUUAUUCGGCGCACGCUUUCCUUCCGCGGUCUCUGAAACGAAAAUUGUACGAGUGUGUCUGCGUUUAGACAUUUAAAGUCAAAAUGAGCAAAGCACAUCCGCCAGAACUGAAGAAAUUUAUGGACAAGAAGCUUUCGUUGAAGUUAAAUGGAGGUAGACACGUGCAGGGCAUUCUGCGAGGUUUCGACCCCUUCAUGAACCUAGUGGUGGAUGACUGUCUAGAGAUGGGCCCUGGGGGACAACAAAACACCAUUGGCAUGGUGGUCAUCAGAGGUAACAGCAUCAUCAUGUUGGAGGCCUUGGAGAGAGUAUGAGAGAAGAUGGAGUGACAAAUGGAGAAGAUUACCAUCCAGACCUUACAUUAUGUUAUCCAUUAGUUUAAAGCAGGCAAUAGGAGUUGUCCUUAAAUCCAAGAUGUCUAUCUGAUUUAUAUCAACUGGUGUUUUUUUAAGUGUUUUGAAUUGUUAUCUUGUGAAUAAAUCUUUUUCUUUGUACUU